ACUACUGGUCUGGAAAUAAAAGCAAUGGCUAAGACCCCGUGUACCCCGACGGCCUGCCCGCCGCCGCCGCAGCCGCCGUGCCCGGCCGUGUGCCCGCCGCCCCCGCCGGCGCCCUCCUGCAGGACCAAGCCCAUCAUGCGCGGUUUGCACUGGGCCCAGACGAAGAGAAAGCUGGCUGAGGCGCUCCUGCUGAGCGCUGUUGCUGGCUUCACCGUAUACAUGCUGUAUACGAGGCCGCACAUGGCGCGUUAUAAGGAAUUUUACGCGCUUUCUGAAUUUGAAGAUUGGGCAGAUGAAAUGGCAAAAAAGGGUUUGUUUCAAGCUGUUCCUAAAGAAGGUUUUCCUAAGAAAGACAAGAAGUAAUUUAUACUUAUUUAUCGUUAUUUAAAUUAAAUAAAUAUUGGUUGAAAAUGUCAA